CUUUGAGUUGCCCCCAUGAGUGUGCAGACGUUCGACAAUGGCCCCAAAGGCAAAGAAUAACCAGCCAGCCCAGAAAAAUACCCUCCUGGGAUUCCUCAACAAGGGCUCCGAGUCGCCCACCAAGAAUCAAUCGAGCCAUGUCGUGCCGGCAGAGCGACCGGUCAAACGAGAACUAGAAGAAGCCGUCGCUGGACCCUCCAGGAUCGUCAAGACCCCUAGCAAAGGUAGCCGAAAGGGAAAAGGGAAAGAAACACAGGUGGACGGGUCUGCUCAUGAUCCUGUAGUCAUCAGCGACGACGAUGACAUCGAGCUUCUUUCUCGCCCUGUGAGCCCAAAACGUCGCAAGACAGCCAAAACGACAACGCCUGCGGUGAAGAAGCCCGCCUCCCCAAACUUCCCCGUCUUUGCGGGCUACCCCGAUUUCGAGCCUCCCCCGUCAUGGCCCAAGGUCAUCAAUACCGCCGCUAUCGACGAUGAAGAUGGUGUCCCACCGAGCGAUGAGGAUGACGCGAGGGAUCAGGACCCCGAAGAUGGGCAGCUGGAAGAGGAUGAUUCAGGGGUGGAGAUGGAGGAUGAUGAGCCUAGGCAUCCAGCGAGAGGGAUGGGUCUGAGCCGAUCUGGGUCUGGUGUUGAAGGAAGCUUGGGUGGUAUGGACUGGGAAGAGCCCGAUGAGGGAAUGGGCAUGGAAGAUUAUGGAGACGAAGAGGAUGAGCCGCUUUCCAUGAAGGAUGGUGGUAAAUCCUCUCGACCUAUAUCAUCCUUCUCUUUUACCCCACCGGCAGAAUCGUCGCCGCCCCCACCGCCUCCGACGAAAGGCCCGAACGCUUUUUCAUUGCUCAUGUCUGGCCACAAGGAGCGUGAGCAGUGGAAAGUGGCCGAAGAUGAUCUGAGGCGUGACGGGAAGAGAGUGGUCGGAAGAAGGAAGGCGCCCUUCUACAAGGUCCUGACGGGCAUGCCGGUAGCUGUCGACGCAUUUCGCUACGGCAAGAUCCCUGGUGUCACCGCCUACCUUCUCACGCAUGCUCAUUCGGAUCACUAUACCAACCUCUCCAAGUCCUGGACACACGGUCCCAUCUAUUGCUCUGAAACGACGGCCAACCUCAUUGUCCACAUGCUGCAAGUAAACCCCAAGUAUGUGCAUGGUCUCCCCGACAACAUCCCUUUUGAAAUGCCCAAUACCGGCGGAGUCAAGGUAACGCCUCUAGAAGCAAAUCACUGUCCGGGUUCCUCGAUAUUCUUGUUCGAAGGGCCUCAAACAGUAAAUGCGGGUGAUUCGGGGUUUGCAAGCGCAUAUGUCGGUACCAAGAGGAUCUUUAGGUAUCUCCACUGUGGGGACUUUCGAGCAAAUCCGAAAAUGGUUCUCCAUCCUGCUAUCGCCCGUGCCCCCAUACACACCUGUUAUCUCGACACAACAUAUCUCAACCCGAAAUACUGCUUCCCUCCGCAGCCUCUCGUCAUCUCCGCCUGCGCUACUUUGGCCCGACGGCAAAUAGUGGGCGAGUCCCUCUCUGCGCCGAGUUUGGAAGAGGUCAAAAGAGGAGAGGUGACGGGGGUGGGUCUCAGUGUGGGCUCGGAGGGGUUAAGUGGCAAAGGCAAUGUGGUGGUGAAGGGCGAAGAUGGGAAGGAGACUGUUGUGGAGGCGGUGGUGAAGAAGGAGAAUGGGGCGGAGGAGCGGGAUAGGAUGCAGGGAUGGCUGGUGAAGAAGGAGGUCAAAGAUGAAAUCAAGGGUGAAAUCGUGGAUGAGGAGUUGAAAAGUGUCAAGAAAGAGAAGAAGAAGGGACGGACUCUUGUAGUCAUCGGGACCUAUUCUAUAGGUAAAGAGAGGAUAGUGAAGGCCGUUGCGAAAGCUCUAGGGUCCAAAAUUUACUGUGAUCCGCGGAAGCGGGGCAUCUUGCUAUGCCAAACAGAUCCCGAACUUCAUUCCAUGAUGACCUCGGAUCCCAAAGAGGCCCAGGUUCACCUGCUCCCACUUGGCAACAUCCAAGCCGACCGUCUCCAUCCCUACCUCGCCAACCUCCAUCCCCACUUUGACCGUGUCCUCGGAUUCCGUCCCACCGGCUGGAGUUACUCUCCGCCGGCAGGGGUGGAUAUGAUGCCGGAUGUGAAUACGGUUAUAAGACGGGAUCAGGCGAGGAGGUUUGGCGAGGGAGAUCUGAAGCCAAUGAGGGGAAGUGGGAAGGAUUUCAUGAUGUAUGGGGUGCCGUAUUCGGAGCACUCGAGUUUCUUCGAAUUGACUUGCUUUGCAUUAUCGCUGCCAGGCCCAGACCUUAAGAUGAUAGCCACAGUCAACGUCGGUAACGAAAAGAGGCAAGCCCCUAUUUCUUUCUAUGAGGCGUUUCUGACCUGCCACCAGUCGAGCAAAGAUGAAAAAGUGGUUUGAAAAGUGGUUGACUGAGAAGGCGAGGAGGAAGGAAAAGAAGAUGCCUGCGGUCGUCGAGUAUCGGGACGAGACGUUUUGGUAGACACGUCGUGUUGUACAAGAUCUGAUAGGGACGAUAGGGACGGGUUAUGAUGGCGCAUUUGUUGUUUGUUCUGGCAUGCAUUCUCCCUGUACCUG